CUUAAUAACAGGUGGUCCCUAAAUUCGUCACUUGACGUAUAUUUCUCAUGUGUACCGUUAAUGUUUGUCAAAAUAUUAACUUUAAUAGUCUAUUAAUUACUGAUGUGACAUUAAAACUUUAACCGAUGAGAAGCAAUUCGAGGCGGAGGUCACGCUCCGCCUCUCGAGAUCGCUCCACUUCUCUGGAUACCGACCAUUCUUCCCGGGAGAAGACUGUCAAAAAGCAUAAGAAAAAAAGGAAGAGAAACGGUAAACACUCCAGUGUCAGCUCAUCUACUGGGUCAUCACGGUCUCGAUCUCCAGCCAGUGACUACAGAAGAGAGCGGAGCCGGGUUCAUGCUCGUGAUAAAAAACUGAAACAUAGAAGGUCCCGGUCUCGAUCAUCUCACUCACAAAAUAGAAGACGAACCAGAUCCCGAUCUGCUGAACGCCAGAGGAGGAGAAGGAGGUCUAAGGACGCUAGGAAAAGAUCAGACUCGUCUGACUCUGGAACUGACAGGUCUCGGUCCAGUAAGCAUGUUAACAGAAGAUCCCGCUCUCAGUCUGCCGAGUUAAGAAGAAGAAGAAGAAAAUCAAGAUCCCAUUCUUUUGAUCGGCGCAGAAGAAGAAGAGGAAGAUCCAGGUCAGGAUCCUCUCCACGUAGACAGAAAAGAAGGUCCCGAUCCCGGUCUGCUGAACAUGGAAGGAGUGGGAGAUCCAGGUCUGUUGAACUUGAACGGAGCAAGCGAAAGAGAAAAAGGUGUCAGUCCGACUUCAGUAGUAGUGAAGACAGGAGCGAGCAAAGCCAAAGGAAAAGGAAAAAGAAAAGGCGAAGCUCUGAUUCUUCUGACAGGUCUAGAUCGGAUUCUAGAGAGAAGAGGAGAAAGAAUAGAGAUGGAGGUAGCUCACACAAGAGCAAAAAGAAGAAGCGUUCUUCAUCAAGGGAAAAUGCUUGCUCAUCUAGUUCCAGUUCUGAAGAUAAAGAGAAAUCGAAGGGAUCCCAAAGUUUGCCAAAAGCUGAAAAACUACCUGACAAGAGGAGUAAUGAUAGGCAAUCUAGGUCUAGGUCUAAAUCUUCUGUCUCCUCUGUCUCAUCUGUAUCUCGGUCACGUUCCAGAAGCCCUGAUAGUGACGUCAGGCAGAAACUGAGCUUGCAGGAGUCUUUAAAGCUAGCUGAAGAGACAGUGAAGAAAAAAGAAAUGAUGAAGGCCAUGGAGACUCCGGAGGAGAAGAGGGCUCGUCGUCUGGCAAAAAAAGAAGCAAAGGAAAGAAAGAAGCGUGAGAAAAUGGGUUGGGGUGAGGAGUACAUGGGCUACACCAAUGCAGAUAACCCAUUUGGAGAUAACAACUUGUUGGGGGCUUUCAUCUGGAACAAGGCACUAGACAAAAAAGGAAUUGGCCAUCUCAAUGAAAAAGAAAUAAAAGACCGUAACAAGCAGAUUCUGGAAGGAAACCGUCUGGAGCUGCAAAAGGUCAAACAGUUGCGACUGGAACGUGAACGAGAAAAGGCCAUGCGGGAACAAGAGCUGGAAAUGUUGCAACGGGAAAAGGAGGCAGAACAUUUCAAAACUUGGGAGGAGCAAGAAGAUAAUUUCCACUUGCAGCAGGCAAAGCUUCGAUCCAAAAUCCGGAUUCGUGAUGGUAGAGCAAAACCUAUCGACUUGCUAGCCAAAUACAUCAGUGCAGAAGACGAUGACCUUGCAGUGGAAAUGCAUGAGCCUUACACAUUUUUGAAUGGCUUAACUGUCCAUGACUUGGAUGACCUGCUGGAGGAUAUCCGGAUUUAUAUGGAGCUGGAGCAGGGGAAAAAUGCAGACUUCUGGAGAGACAUGACUAUCAUUACAGAAGAUGAAAUAAGCAAACUACGAAAACUGGAGGCUUCUGGAAAGGGACCAGGAGAAAGACGUGAAGGUGUCAACGCAUCAGUCAGUUCAGAUGUUCAGGCAGUGUUUAAAGGGAAGACCUACAGUCAGCUUCAGGUUCUUUAUCAAGGAAUCGAGGGCAAAAUUCGAGCAGGGGGCCCCAACUUAGACAUUGGCUACUGGGAAACCUUGCUGCAGCAGCUGAAAGCCUAUAUGGCCCGAGCAAGGCUUCGUGAACGACACCAAGAUGUGCUACGUCAGAAGUUAUACAAACUGAAGCAGGAACAGGGGGUGGACAGUGAACCCCUCUUCCCGAUUAUCAAGAAAGAGCCAGAGUCACCAGAAGAAAGACUGCGAGUCCAAGAUGAGUCUAGAGAGGAGCCUGGUUCAACAGUUAGUAGAUCUCCAGAACAACAGGCUGAUGCAGAAGAGAGAAAUACAGAGGACGAGGACAAAGAAGAACAGGAGGAGGAGGAAGAAGGAGAGGCCGUCUUGAUGGAAGAGGAUCUCAUUCAACAGAGUUUGGAUGAGUAUGAUUCAGGGCGUUAUUCCCCACAUCUCCUGAUGCCCAAUGAAUUGCCACUCGAUAGCCAUGUUGUAGAUCCUGAGGAGGACUUGGAAAGAUUAAUGCUCGCUCGAAAGCAGUUACAAGUCACAGGUGAUGCAAGUGAGAGUGCAGAAGAUGUGUUUGUCCGUCGAGCUAAGGAAGGAAUGGGUGGAGAUGAAGCUCAAUUCAGUGUGGAGGUUCCCCUGACAGCCAAAGCAUACCUUUGGGCUGACAAGUACCGUCCUAGGAAACCACGAUUCUUCAACCGAGUCCACACAGGUUUUGAAUGGAAUAAGUACAAUCAGACACACUAUGAUUUUGAUAAUCCACCACCCAAGAUUGUCCAGGGGUACAAAUUUAACAUCUUUUACCCUGACCUCAUUGAUAAACGAUCUACUCCAGAGUACUACCUGGAAACUUGCCCAGACAACAAGGACUUUGCUGUGCUCCGUUUCCAUGCUGGUCCACCAUAUGAGGACAUUGCAUUUAAGAUUGUAAACAGGGAGUGGGAAUAUUCACACAGGCAUGGUUUUCGUUGCCAGUUUGCUAAUGGGAUUUUUCAGCUUUGGUUCCACUUUAAAAGAUACAGAUACAGAAGAUGAAAAGUAUGCCCUUUUUUUGUGACUCUGAGGUGGAAAUGUUCACCUUUGGUUGGAUUCAGGAAUGAAUAGAGCACCGUAUAUUUUUGUGUCCCAAAAUUGUCUUUGCAGUAUACUCUUUACUGAGUGUUUUGUAAAUAAAUAUUUCUUAUUUAAAUUUA